UUACUCAUGGGCCACUACCUGUGAAAGGUGCAGAGGCCAGAAGAAACCCCCAUAUCCCGAUUUUUCCAGCCUCUAGAAUCUCUGCUACAAAUAUUUAGAAUUCUUUUUUACCUCUUUUGUUAAAAUAUCAAGUGAACCAACUUGAGUCCCUGCUGGUCCAAUAUCAAAACAUCAACCACAGGAAGAGACAUGUCACUUUAAUAUUUCCAGCAUAUUAAGUUUAAAAAGAUCAACCCAUGAAUCCACUAAACAAAACAACAAAACGGAGUCUGCAUUUCCCAGUAGAGUAGUUCUUUUCUGCUCUAAAUCCUUUGAGCCCAUGAUUUUAAUGAUGAAAUCCAAUGUUUUUUUCAUCACAGCCUAUUUAGGAAGGAGAAAGAGCAAGGGGACUUUCUCCUUCCCACCCGUUCCAGUUUGACUAUAAAGUCACACAGGAGAGUCCCAGGCUUGUUCUUCUGUUCCCUUAUAAACAGCAUCCAUCCAUCCUCCUCUUUCUCCUCCUCUCGCACUAUUUUGGGGCCACAUGAUCUCAUGCUCUCUGCAGACCACACUAUGCAAUUCAGGCAAUACUAAGGUACUGAGCAGGGCGAUUCCUGCAAGUCUUCAGAUGGUGCCCAGGGUGGGGUGAGGGGAAAGGCUUUGGGGGAAGUUAAAGAGACAUACACGUAAAACACCCAAAAUAACCCAACAGCCAGAAUGCCCGAAAUCAGACAGGAAGCCAAAUAAUCCGGGGCGUUGGGCCGCUCUCCCCCUCACAUUUUACUUUAUUGGCUAGGGGAAAAAAGCCAAGGAUCUGGGAGGAGGCUGGCUGAAGGAGGGGGGCGGAGUCCUCGGGGCCAGGCCGCCCUCAGUGCUCUAUUAAAGCCAGGCAGCCGGCAGAGGAGUCAGAGAAGCAGAAAGCUUGAGCCAACCAUGGAGAGAGAUGGCUUCAACGGGAGCCACCGGGGCACCAAGGAGAGCCGCGCGGGAACAGGCAAGGAGCAGGACUACGGGGACACUGCCGGGGACCCUCAGGCAGUGAACAUGCUGGCUCCUCUGGACAUGGGGGACGAGCAGCAGCCGGAGAAAGGCGCGCGGGCUCACAAAGCCAAGAAUCCCAACACCUACAAAGUGCUCUCCCUGGUGCUGUCUGUUUGCAUGUUAACAACAAUUCUUGGGUGUAUAUUUGGAUUGAAACCAAGCUGUUCCAGAGAAGUAAAAAGUUGCAAAGGUCGCUGUUUUGAGAGAACAUUUGGGAACUGUCGCUGUGAUGUUGCCUGUGUUGAACUUGGAAACUGCUGUCUAGAUUACCAGGAAACAUGUAUAGAACCAGAGCAUAUAUGGACUUGCAGCAAAUUCAGGUGUGGUGAGAAGAGAUUACCCAAAAGUCAUUGUUCCUGUACAGAUGACUGCAAGGAGAAGGGUGACUGCUGUAUUAACUAUGCCUCUGUUUGCCAAGGUGAGAAAAGUUGGGUAGAAGAAAAAUGUGAAAACAUUAUUGAGCCUCAGUGUCCAACAGGGUUUGAAAUCCCACCUACCAUUUUGUUUUCUUUGGAUGGCUUCAGGGCAGAAUAUCUGCACACUUGGGGUGGACUUCUUCCUGUUAUUAAGAAACUACAAAAUUGUGGAACACACACUACAAAUUUGAGACCUGUAUAUCCAACAAAAACCUUUCCCAAUCACUACAGCCUAGUCACGGGUUUGUAUCCUGAAUCUCAUGGAAUCAUUGACAACAAAAUGUAUGACCCAAAAAUGAAUGCUUCUUUUGCACUUAAAAAUAAAGAGAAAUUCAACCCAGAGUGGUAUAAAGGAGAACCUAUCUGGCUUACAACUAAGUAUCAAGGUCUUAAAUCUGGCACCUUUUUUUGGCCUGGAUCAGAUGUGGAGAUUAAUGGAAUUUUCCCAGAUAUUUAUCAACUAUAUAAUGGUUCUAUCCCAUUUGAAGAAAGAGUUUUGGCAAUUCUUCAGUGGCUAAAGCUUCCUAAAGAUAAAAGACCACACUUUUACACUCUGUAUUUAGAAGAACCAGAUUCUUCAGGUCAUUCACAUGGACCCGUCAGCAGUGAGGUUAUCAAGGCAUUACAGAAAGUUGACAACAUUGUUGGCAUGUUGAUGGAUGGUCUUAAAGCAAUGAAUUUACACAGAUGCAUAAAUCUUAUUCUUGUGUCAGAUCAUGGAAUGGAACAAGGUAGCUGUAAAAAAUAUGUCUAUCUGAACAAGUAUCUGGGGGAUGUUAAAAAUGUCAAAGUAUUUUAUGGUCCUGCAGCUCGAUUUAGAAUUUUUGAUGUUCCAGAUAAUUAUCAGACUUUUAGUUAUGAAGACGUUGCCAGAAAUCUUUCUUGCAUGGAACCAGAUCAGCACUUCAAACCUUAUUUGAAACAAUUUUUACCUAAACGUUUACACUUUGCGAAGAAUGAUAGAAUUGAGCCCUUGACAUUCUACUUGGAUCCUCAGUGGCAACUUGCAAUGAAUCCAACAGAGAGAAAAUAUUGUGGAUUUGGAUUCCAUGGUUCAGAUAAUAUAUUCUCAAAUAUGCAAGCCCUCUUCAUUGGCUAUGGACCUGCAUUCAAGCAUAAUACUAAAGUUGAACCCUUUGAAAACAUUGAAAUUUAUAACUUAAUGUGUGAUUUACUGAAUUUGAAACCAGCUUCAAAUAAUGGAACUCAUGGAAGUCUUAACCAUCUUCUAAAGAAACCUGUUCAUAUACCAGAGCAUCCCAAAGAAGCAAGCCACAUAGCAAAAUGUCCUCUGAUGAAGAAAACAAAAGAAAACCUUGGUUGCUCAUGUGACUCGGUUUCAUCCAUGAUGGAUUUUCAGUCGGAAUUAAAUAUGACCACAGAAGAAGAAAGGAUAGUCAAGCGUAACAUCCUGCCCUAUGGAAGGCCGAGGGUUCUUCAAAAGAACAGUACUUUUUGUCUUCUUUACCAACACCAGUUUGUAAAUGCAUACAGCCAUGACAUCACAAUGCCACUCUGGAGUUCCUACAACGUUGGUAAAAAUGACAGUUUCUCUGCAGAAGACUUUUCAAAUUGUUUCUAUCAGGAUCAUCGAAUAUCUCCAAGUCCGAUACAGAAGUGUUCAUUUUACAAAAACAACCCAAAGCUAAAUUAUGGAUUUCUUUCCCCUCCACAACUUACUAAAGGCAUCAAUAGUAGACAUCACGAAGCCCUGAUUACCAGUAACAUAAUACCAAUGUAUCAGAGUUUUCAAGUCAUAUGGAAUUACUUCCAUAAUACCCUAUUGUCAAGGUACGCUGGAGAAAGGAAUGGAGUUAACGUAGUCAGUGGUCCUGUAUUUGACUUGGAUUAUGAUGGACUGUAUGAUACGCCAGACAUACGGAAACACAAACGCAUCAAUAAUCAAGAAGUUCUGAUACCCACUCAUUACUUCGUUGUGCUAACAAGUUGCAAAAAUAGAACCCAGACUCCCUGGAGGUGUGAGAAUUCUUUAGAGACCCUUGCGUUUAUUAUUCCUCACAGGACAGACAACAGUGAAAGUUGUACGCGUGGAAAGCCUGAAUCCUUGUGGGUGGAAGAACUUCUACGGUUUCAUAGAGCCCGCGUUACUGAUGUUGAACUUAUUACAGGACUAAGCUUCUAUCAAGACAGAAAAGAGGCAGUCUCAGACAUUUUGAAGCUGAAAACAUAUUUGCCAACUUUUAAUCAAGAAGAUUGAUUUCAUUUUUUUCUGCCAUGUUUCAUUGUGAGAGAGCUUUAUAUUUCAUGGGAAAAAAGACAUUCUAUUCCCAGUGCCGUAUAUUAGCAUAUUGAUUGGAAUAUUCAGCCAAAAGUUGAAUUGGGAAUUGUCCAUGUGACACUUGUUUCUCAGGGAAACUUGCUGGACUAAGCACAGCAUUAGGAAGUAACUCCUAAUGUCUUACACAUAUAUGAAUAUGUAAAAAUGGCAUGCAUUGUUCCAGUCUUGGGGAUAAAGCCAAAGGAGAAGUAGAAUUGCUUUUCUACUUCUCUUUGUCCUGAGAGGAGAAGGGCAAGUAAACCAAAAAAUCUUUGGAAGUCAGAUUUUUAUUUUUAUUUUUUGAUAAUUAAUGUGCUCACAUAAAGUCUGUGGAAAUGAGACUAAAGAGUGGUUCUUUAACAUUUCACAUCACAUUAGGAUUUUAACAAAAGUUAAAAAGAUGACAUCACUUCUAAUUUGGGGGCUUCUUAAUUUUCUAGUUGUAUAAAGUAAAUAGGAGCAAAAAAAGCAACUCAUCUACUUUCUAUAAAACAGAAAUAAAUCUUGGGAAUCAACUUUAGUUGGAGUGGAGGAGGACUGAUCUUGAAGUCAGAAAUCAAUCUUGCAGAAAGACUAAGUGAGCUUCAGACCCUUUCUCUGAUAUAUCUUAGCUCUGUGACUAUAGCUAAAUCAUGUAACUUUGUAGUGCUCUGGGCAAUUCUCUAAGACUGAAUUACAGGAAAUUUCCUCACCAAGACUUCUCCACACUUGUGAAUUCAUCAGUACUCUUCCAGACUCAUUUAAUAAAUCCCACAUGGUCUUUUUUCAGUUUGAAUAAUCUUAAUAAGUUAAUUUUUGUAGGAAGAUAUAUAAGUGAAUCAUGCCUAUUUAUUGUAAAAGUUUAUUAUGGGCGGUAUUUACCUUCAUAUCUUUGAUUUGUUCAAAGAAGAACCCAAUUACAAUCUAAUUCAGUACUACUGAACUGAGAUAUUGGAAAGAAAAAUUCCUUCUAUGUUCUAACUGAUCAUUUUAAACUUUAAUGUUAUCUAGUAUCAUUAGGGUGCAUCAAAUUUUACUGAUACAUACAUAGAACUCCCCAGAAAGGCCAAUACAUUUUGUAUAGUAUUAUAGUCAUAUCAGGUAGGGGAAAGAGGGCAGAAACCUUAGUGGUUGGGAAUAUACUUGUGUAGCUUCUAAGAGUUUAGUUUACUUAUUAUAGCUACUGAAUACAAUUUUUUUUUUUUUUAUCUCCAUUAUUUGUAGCUAAGAGUGAUUGUACCAGUCAUGGUGAUGGGUCAGGAAAUACUAUCCCCUAUUCCUCUCAAGCUCCCUAUGGAACAGGAGAGAAUACAAUGAGUUUUAUUUUCUCAGGACUUAAGAUAUAUUCCCUGGUCCCAAAUCAGGAAUCUUUGGAAACUGUACUAUCUUUUGGGACAUAAUAAUUGCUGCUUAAGUCCACCAUAUGUUUUUAUUUUCACAUUCUGUGAUAUGGCCUAUUGACAAAUGGCCACAAAGAAUCCAUAUGGCUCUCAAAGGUACUCAGUCUGUGACUCGAUAAUAACUUAGUUCCUUGGAAAAUCUGGCUCAUUUACUUUUAUUUAUUCUUUAAAAGAAUAUAUAUAUAUACAUACCCACGCACAUACAUGAUUUCACUCAACUAUUGUGGAGUCUGUUAGCAAAGUUAAGCUAAAUAUAUAGGUCACCUUAUCAUUGUGCUAUUGUGUCAUUGGAAAGUAAGGAUAGCUCACCCCUCAUAUGUGUAACUUCUCACACUACCAUUUUCUGCCACUGGUAUUAUUCAAUAGUGUCAAAUAUCCAAUUUAUUAUAGUGUGUCACUACUUUGUUCUUCCUGCUUUGUAAUAUCAAAUUUAUUUUUAAAAAUAAAUUUACAUGUGAUACAAA